CCUCCCUGAUUUUCCAGGAGACGUCACUAGUCCAGUCAGCCGUACCAUCUGCCUGCAGUGGAUUCACCUCCACUCAGGUCGACAGCCCCUCCUGCAGCAGCUCCGGCGCCUCCCCCUGCAGCGGAUUCGCCUCCACUCAGGUUGACACCCGGUCCAGCGCCUCCAGUCCUGUCUGCGCCUCCAGCCAAGUCGCCGCCUCCAGUCAAGAUGACACUUGGUCCGGUGCUUCCAGUCCUUUCUGCGCCUGGUCCAGCGCCUCCAGCCAAGUCGACUCCUCCAGCCAUGUCGGCGCCCGGUCCGGCACCUCCAGUCCUUUCAGCAACCAGUCCGGCGCCUCCAGCCAAGUCGAUGCCUCCAGCCCUGUCAGCGCCCGGUCCAGCGCCUCCAGCCAGGUCAGCACCUCCACUCCAGUCGGGGCAAGGUCCGGCUCCUCCCGUCAAGUCUGCGCCCCCCUUCAAGUCUGUGCUUCCACUCCAUUCAACUCCUCCGCUCCAGCCGGCUCCACUCUGGUCAACUCCUCCGCUCCAGCUGGCUCCGCUCCAGUCAACUCCUCCACUCCGGUCGCCACCUCCUGCCAAGUCGGUGGCUCCCCCUGCAGCGGCUCCACCUCCAGUCACCGUUGGCCCUGCCCUUGCCAGACGCCGGCCCCCAGAGCCUGUCGCCGUCUCCUCCUCUGUCCCAGACGCAGGCCUCCUAGACACUGUCUAGACCUGCAUUGGGCGUCCGGUGCCACCCUUUGGGGUGGGGGUGGGGGGGUGGGUACUGUCACACCCUGUCCUGUCUCCCCAUUCUGUGCAGUCCUGUGUCUCCUGAUUGCUCCCACCUGCCUCUUGUUUUCCACCCAAGCUCCCAGUCCUCAUGUAUUUAAACCCUCUCAGUUCUGUGUGUCUUGUCGGUUCACGGUUUCCAUGUCCUGCGUGCGUUUAUCAUUAAAGACUUUUUACAUGUUCCAGUUUGUCUGCCUGCCUGCUUCCUCCCCAGCAUUUGGAUCCUCACAACUGCUCAACACUCCUGCACCGUGACAGGUAUAUAGAAGAUGUGUACAUAAAACUCCAAACCUAGAGAAGUUGGAGUGUAUUGAGACUUGUUUCUAAUUGGAUUCACGCUUUGGAGCAUCUUGAAGCCAAACAAGAACAUCCCUUUCUAUUUGCAUCAGUUACUUAGGAUGAGACUUAUAAUUCCUUUUAUUCUGAACAAAAGCUUCAAAUGAGCAAAACAUUUUCUUUUUUUAUAUAUUUUAACCUUGAAGCAAAUAAUUCACCCGCAAAAGCAGUUUUCAGUAAAACCUUUCAAAAGGAGUAAUAUGUGGUUGUUUUCCUUUUCUUUCAGCACAACAACCACGGGGAGAACCAGUGAAGCUUGAGGACUCCCCACAGUCAGUCAGCACCCUCACUCAGC